AUGAAACUCGAAAAUGGUUUACUGUUGUUGUUUCUGUUGCUGGAGUAUGUUUGUUUCAAUGUGGAAUCCAAGUGUAUGAAGGGGUGUGAUUUAGCUUUAGCUUCCUACUAUGUCAUGCCUACAGUUUCACUCAAAAACAAUAUAACGCGCUUUAUGCAAUCAAAUAUUGUGUCAAAUUCUGAUGUUAUAACCAGCUACAAUAAAGACAAAAUAUUCAAUGGUGAAGCGCUAUCCCUUGAGAGACUCAAUAUUCCAUUCCCAUGUGACUGUAUAGAUGGUGAAUUUCUGGGGCAUGUGUUUGAGUACUCAUAUGCUGCAGGAGACACCUAUGAUUUGAUUGCCAAAAUGUAUUAUGCCAAUCUUACAACAGUUGAGCUUUUGCAAAGGUUCAACAGCUAUGACCCAAAUGAUAUAACCCUUAAUGCCAAGCUUAAUGUCACUGUCAAUUGUUCUUGUGGGAACACCCAAAUUUCGGAGGAUUAUGGGCUGUUUAUUACAUAUCCGCUCAGGCCUGGGGAUAAUAUGCAAAAUAUUGCAAACGAAACUAAUCUUGAAGCAGAGUUGCUCCAGAAUUACAAUCCUGGUGUCAAUUUCAGCAAAGAGAGUGGGAUUGUUUUCAUUCCAGGAAGAGAUAAAAAUGGAGUCUAUGUUCCCUUGUAUCCCAGAACAGGUCUAAAUUGGGGUAUUGCUGUUGGAGUACCUAUAGCAGGAAUAUGCGGGCUUCUAUUAUUAGUAAUUUGUAUAUAUGUUAGAUACUUCCAGAAAAAGGAUGGAGAGAAAGCUAAAUUGCCUACAGAAUAUUCUAUGGCGCUUUCAACUCAAGAUGGUACUGCCUCUAGUAGUGCAGACUAUGAAACUUCAGGAUCCACUGGGCCUGGUUCUGCUAGUGCUGCUGGCCUUACAGGGAUUAUGGUGGUAAAAUCAAUGGAGUUCUCGUAUCAAGAACUAGCCAAGGCUACAAAUAACUUUAGCUUGGAUAAUAAAAUUGGUCAAGGUGGAUUUGGAGUCGUCUAUUAUGCAGAACUGAGAGGCGAGAAAACAGCAAUUAAGAAGAUGGACGUACAAGCAUCAACAGAAUUUCUCUGUGAGUUGAAGGUCUUAACACACGUUCAUCACUUGAAUCUGGUGCGCUUGAUUGGAUAUUGCGUGGAGGGAUCUCUUUUCCUUGUAUAUGAAUAUAUUGACAAUGGAAACUUAGGCCAAUAUUUGCAUGGUACAGGUAGAGACCCAUUAACAUGGUCUACCCGAGUACAAAUUGCUCUAGAUUCAGCGAGAGGCCUUGAAUAUAUUCAGGAGCACACUGUGCCUGUGUAUAUCCAUCGUGAUGUAAAGUCUGCAAAUAUAUUAAUAGACAAAAACUUCCGUGGAAAGGUUGCAGAUUUUGGUUUGACCAAACUUAUUGAAGUUGGAGGCUCCACACUUCACACUCGUCUUGUGGGAACAUUUGGAUACAUGCCACCAGAAUAUGCUCAAUAUGGUGUCAUUUCUCCAAAAAUUGAUGUAUAUGCUUUUGGAGUUGUUCUUUAUGAACUUAUAUCUGCAAAAAAUGCUGUUCUGAAGACAGGUGAAUCCGUUGCUGAAUCAAAGGGUCUUGUAACUUUGUUUGAAGAAGCUCUUAAUCAGAGUGAUCCUUUAGAUGGUCUUCGCAAACUGGUAGAUCCUAGGCUUGAAGAAAACUAUCCAAUUGAUUCAGUUCUUAAGAUUGCCCAACUUGGAAGAGCUUGUACAGGAGAUAAUCCACUACUACGCCCAAGUAUGAGAUCUAUAGUUGUUGCUCUUAUGACACUUUCAUCACCUAAUGAGGAUUGCGAGGAUGACACUUCCUACGAGAAUCAAACUCUCAUAAAUCUACUUUCAGUUAGAUGA